AUGAAGAGGAUGUACAUUGGCUUAGCUCUACUCUAUUGUAGUGUACUGGAUCUACUGCAUGCGCUCUUCAAGAAAAGUGGUGGGGUGAUAAAGAAGAACCCUCUGCAUGACAAAGGGCUUGGUUACAUCUCCUCUCUAGAGAAGCAGAACACUGCGAACAGCAUCCACAUGAAACAUAUAACGCUCAUAAAGAGGAAGAAAAAAAAGUUCAUUCUUGCUAAAAAAAAAAGAGACACCAACAUGUUAAUUACGGUGCGCGCUUCCCAGCAGGAGGGCGCGGACGGCCUCAGGAUGAGUCCCCCCCUGUACAUGCUCGGUCAGGAUACCCUGGACCCCUCAGAUGGGGGCAGCGGCCAAUCGGGUGCAAGAAGCAGCCAAUCGGGUGGAAGUGGCGCAGAUGGAGGGGGCGAAGAGGACGCCCCGAGCAGAGGCCAACCCCACGUGCAGCUGCAGCCCCCCAGUGAGGAAGCCCUGUCCCCCAGUUCCCCUGGGCACGACGACGGGGAUGACGUGGAAGAUGACCAAGACGAGAGGAGGAAGAAGAAAAGGAAAAAAAAAAAAAAAGAGUCAAGGGGGGAGAACAGCAACUCAGUUGAGGAGAGGGAAGAGAAGGAAAGCAACCCCGAUGGAAACAAAGACAUGCUCAACGUCGACACUCCAGAGUACGAAGCGCACCUGUCCAAACUAGCCAACUCCUAUUUGAAGAAAGCCGAGACGAUGGACAGCAAACAGCUAGCUGGUCUAGACAAAGAGAAGAUGCUGGAGGAGUACAAUCGCUUGGUGCAAAUUCUUAAAGAAAGCGCACAUGAAAAAAAGAGGCAGUAUGAAGGGAACGAAAAGAAGGACAUGUACGAGCUAAACGAGAGAGUCAUUAACAGCUCGAGGAAGCUCAACCUGCAGAAGAUGAAGAGGGAGAUUGAAAAGUCCUUCACCCCCAACGACGCCGUGGAGAAGAAGAUUCAGGAUUACAUGUUUAUGUUUACGCAGGCUCCGCCUGGCGGUGCCGCGGAUCGGCCCACUGCGGAAGUCAGCACAGCAGAUCGGUCUGCUGCAGAUGGCCGUACUGCGGAUGGGUCCACUGCUCAUGUCAGCACAGCAGAUAGGGCCAGUGCGGAUGGGGCGCCGCCUAGCAGCACCCCAGGGGCUACGGAGCCCCCCCAGGAUGAACUGCUCGAGGAGCACGAGGAAAGGGAAAACAAAGAAAUCCUGAGGCGCCUGUCCUGGGGGGACUACAGCGGAGUUGACAAAUUCCAUUUUAAAUUUUCCGCCAAGGACCUGGACAGGAUGAAGAACAUCGAGUCCACGGAGGACGAGUCGGCAGACGAGCGAAAACUAGUCGACGCUGCGUUUAAGAGGAUAAUGAAGGACAACACUGUGGUGAAGGAACUCAAGGACAAGGAGAAGGCCUUCCUGCAGCUGUACGAGCAGGGGCGCAGGGAGAACAAAAUCGAGCGCGACGAGAAUGUUGAAAAUUUGAAGUAUUACAAUGAGAUGCAGAGGCAAGGGCAGAGGGAAGGGCAGACACAAGUGCAGAGGCGGGGCCAAAGUGGAGACACGUCCGAGGACAGCGCCGGGAGUGCCGCCGACGGAAACACCUGCAAGUCAGCACCCGGCGAACUGAUCAACAGGAAGCUCUUCUUCAACCGCGUGUCGUCCCAGUUCGUGCAUAUAAAAAACGAGGACAUUGAAGAAAUGAGCGAAGCACAAGUGAGAGACGAGCUGAGGAAGAGGGGAUACCCCACCUUCGGUUCCAUUAAAGAAAUUAAAAUGAGGCUACAAGACGUUAUGCGCAUAAGGCAGAAUCACGAGUACGACAUCAGGACAAUUUUGAAGAACCCGGAAAAACAUGUGCUCUCCCACAUAAGGCUAGAUAAACUAAAAGAAAACCUAAAGGAGUUUAAGGAGAAUGAGCGCUGUGGAGACACCGAGUCGAAAAUAAAGCAGCUGGAUGCCGCCAUGGAAAUAGCAAAUUUUAUUAACGACCCCGUGGAUUACCUGCGUAUUGACACGACGGAGAGGUUCGCGGAGGUGGCAGAGCAGGAGCGCCCCGGUUACCAUCGCCGAGCAGGGGAACGCCCCGGUGAAGAUGGCUCAGCAGGGGAACGCCCCGGUGAAGGUGGCUCAGCAGGGGACGAGGAGGACCUCUCCAAGGUGCCCAUCGUCAACGACUGCAACAUCAGUGAGCAAAUAUCCAUGGCGGAAAAACUCAAAAAAAAUUUCACCUUGGAAGAAAAUGAAAGACAACCAGAUCAAGUCGUUCGAUUCGGAAGUGAAGAAAACGUCGAGUCCUCAACCGCAUCAUCAUUUGAAAAUCAGUUGCAGGAAGAGCAGGAGGAACAGUGCAGACGGGAAGUUCUUAAAUUUGGAGGACUACAAGAAACCAUACAGGAAUUUCACUCUAAACACAGCUUGCCUCUAGACUUCAUUGGAGAUUUUAUAUGUAAGGUGUCUAGUGAAACUACGUACAAUAUAAAUAGGUAUAGGAAAAGGAGGAAGGAAGAGGUGGAAGCUUUGAAGAAAAAUGAAUUUGAAUUCCUCAUGUAUGGCAAUUCGAUCAACAGGGAUAUUAUUGUUCACAAGUUCGUUAACACAAAUGAAUUGAUCAGUCAUUAUUUAACGACCAAGGACAUUGUGACUCUCAUUGAGUAUAGUAAUAUGGCGGACCCUGUGGACAUAAUUAAUUUUUACUCCCCGGAGACCAUUUUCAUGCUAAGUGAGGAGUAUGGGGUCACUGUGGAUAAGGUGAUCGACGCGUGCACUAGACUCAACAUCCGCCUGCCCUUCGGCGGAGACACGCACCUCAAUGCGAACUGCUUCAACGUCCUCACCACCUGCUUGGCGCGAAUGAGCGGUGAGCGGCGAUGA